GCUGUUGUUUGCUCAGAGAUUGGACAAGAUGCCAAAGCAAAAGCAAAGGAAAUCCAGAAAACGAAGUAGAAGAGAACCUUCCUCGUCUUCAACAACCAGUAGUUCUUCCGGCAGUUCUAGCAAUAGUAAUGGGCAUAAACAUAAGAGAUCCAGGUGUAAGUCAAGGGAAACCGUGAGUAGCGAACAUUAUUCUACUUUUACGAGGGCCGAUCAGGGAAUACAUAUUUCGAUGGUAAUUCCAGAAUUUGAUCCGAAAAUUAAUGACAUAUCAGAGUGGUUAGAGGUUAUCAAAUAUAAUGCAGAUAUUUACAAGUGGCCUGAUAGCCUUAUUAAGUGUCAUGCUUUGAAUAAACUCAAGGGUACAGCCAAAACCUGGUAUGACAGUUUCAUUCAGGGUGACUUGGGGUGGUCUAGUUAUGCUUGGGGCCAGUGGGAGGAUAUAUUGAAAAAUACAUUCCAGAGUACACGUAAUGCUUAUCAACUGUUGAUGGAAAUGGUAAAUCAUAGACCCAGCGAAGGUGCUAUAAAUGACGUUAAUAUAACAUCAGCUGUGGAGGCAGCAAAUAUUCGAAAUCCUCAUAUUUUGGCGGCAUAUCUGAAGAACAAAACUUAUACUGGUAGGGGCAAACCGUUAAAAUCAGAGGUGCAACAGUCAAUCAAUCAAAGUGGUCGAUUGGGAGCAUCUGACAAUAUAGUCCGGUCAAGUACGAUACAUCAAAAUGUAAAUUGCACCACAGGUGGCAACAGAGGUCACGAGCGGAAUGAUUGUAAACAUAGAAAUAAGAUAUGCAAUUUUUGCAGAAUUAAGGGGCAUAUUGAGGUGAAUUGUUUCAAGAAACGAAAGAACUCAAGUGAACCAGGCAGAUGGGAUAAUUCAACUAAGUCUUCAAAAUUGGAACUAUUAGCAAUAGUCAAAACUUUGGAACGGUUCAGAUUUUAUUUAGUAGGCUAUCAGUUCCAAAUUUUUACUGAUUGCAAUGCGGUAAAGAACGCAUUAUCUAAGCAGUCGAUAAUUCCAAGAAUUGCUAGAUGGGUCUUGUCUUUACAAGAGUUUUCUUUUACCAUUCACCAUAAAGCAGGUACUCAGAUGCAACAUGUAGACGCACUUAGCCGAAACUUUAAUGAAUCUCAAAACAAAGCACAAGUCCUACUCAUCCAAGAAGAUGACUAUCUCAGGGAAGCACAGGAUCAAGAUGAAUCCAUAGUGGAAAUUAAAAAUAUUCUUUUAAGUGGGGAUGUUCAGAGUCACAAAGAUGUUUUUAAUAAUUACGAUUUAAGGGGGAACAAAGUCUAUAAGUUAACACCUUAUGGGAGAAGAUGGGUAGUCCCAAAGAAGUGUAGAUGGCAAAUCGUCAAAGCAAACCAUGACGAUAUAGGUCAUUUUGCGGUUGAUAAAACGUUAGAGAAAAUUAAGCAACGGUAUUGGUUUCCCAGAAUGAGGCAUUUCAUAACAAAAUACAUAAAUGCAUGUUUACCUUGUUUAUAUUAUAAAGAUAAAGGGGACAAAAGACCCGGGUACCUUCACUCCAUCCCAAAGUAUGCUAGACCACACCACACACUACAUAUAGAUCAUUUAGGACCUUUUGUGAACACAAAACAGGGAAACAAGUAUUUAAUAGUUGUUGUUGAUGGCUUUUCGAAAUUUGUGUAUUUAAAAGCAGUUCCUGAUACAUCUGCAAAAUACGUAAUUCAAAUGUUAACUGAAAUGUUCGCGAUGCUCGGUAACCCAAGACGACUCAUCACGGAUCUUGGAUCUGCGUUUACUUCAAAGGCCUUCGAGGAAUUUGUUGCUGCAAGAGGGAUACGGUUAUUUACAACAGCUGUUGGUCUCCCAAGAGGCAAUGGUCAAUGUGAGCGGACGAACAGAACAGUUCUAGACGCUUUAGCAACAUCUGGUUCGCAAACAAGUGAAGACAAUUGGGAUACUAAUCUUUCACAUAUACAACAAGGACUGAAUAGUACUAGACACCGUAUUACACAAAACACGCCCGCAGAAGUAAUGUUUGGUUUCCAACUACGGACUGAUAGUGACAAAUACCCUGAUGACGAUAUGGAAACAACUCUAGAUGUUACAAAAAUCCGAAAAGAGACAGCCAAACGUCUGGAACACAAUAGAAUCGAACAAGAUUUAAAAUUUAACACUAAACGUUCUCUACCUAGGUUGUACCAGGUGGGAGAUGUGGUAUUAACUAAAGUAACCAGCUUUUCAGCGAAUGAAGACAGUAAAAAGUUACGUCCUAAGUUUAGAGGACCAUUCAAGAUAGUUGAGGUUCUACCCAAUGACAGGUAUAGAGUGCAAGAAGAUCGUUUCACACAGAGGUCAAGACGACCAUAUCAAGCUGUGGUGAGUAAUGAACUACUCAAAUGUUACGCCCUCAAUGGCAUCUGUUCUGCUCUCAAUGGCAAAUGUUACGCCCUCAAUGGCAUCUGUUCUGCUCUCAAUGGCAUCUGUUCUGCUCUCAAUGGCAAAUGUUACGCCCUCAAUGGCAUCUGUUCUGCUCUCAAUGGCAAAUGUUACGCCCUCAAUGGCAUCUGUUCUGCUCUCAAUGGCAAAUGUUACGCCCUCAAUGGCAUCUGUUCUGCUCUCAAUGGCAAAUGUUACGCCCUCAAUGGCAUCUGUUCUGCUCUCAAUGGCAAAUGUUACGCCCUCAAUGGCAUCUGUUCUGCUCUCAAUGGCAAAUGUUACGCCCUCAAUGGCAUUGUUCUGCUCUCAAUGGCAAAUGUUACGCCCUCAAUGGCAUCUGUUCAGCUCUCGAUGGCAACUGUUACGCCCUCAAUGGCAAGUUUUGCUCUCGAUGACGAAUGGUCGUCCUCGAUAGCAAAUGGUGUUGAUGGCAAUAGGUAUAGGUGUUUCCUAAAUAACUUAAUAUUUUCAGACGUUCGGGACGAACGUGACGUCAGGAUGGCCGUGCAGUCCCACUCUAUGUCUGUCGCUGCUGACCGGCAGAUCGACGGUGGCUGGGGGAAGAUGACACGACGCGAAGACGCCAAGACUCCAAGGCGCAUGGGAAAAGUGUUGAAACAACCUAUACCACCCGUUCAAGUUUCCACGAUCCAGUGGCCUCUAGCUGUACAGAUAUCUGCGUUAAAGUUAUUUCUGAGAAGGAUAUCGCUAGUGAUAAAGACAAAGGUCUCUCUUUUCUGCUGCUCUAUUGACCCUGGACCUUGUGUAAUGGUUGCUGGAGCGCUAGUAUCUCUCUUCUAUGCGGAGGAAAAUACAAAUAGUAACCUGGCGAAAUAA